UCCCCUCUACCCAAACAGAAGAGAAGAAAGCUCAGAGAGAAAACGAGAAGAGAAGAUAAGAGAAGAGAAGAAUAAUGUCUUUGUCUCUAAUUGUGCCAUCGUCUCCCAUUUUCACCCCAAAGAAGCUCCCUAAAAUAUACUGCAAAUCGGACGGCUCAUCUUUGCCUUCAUCUCGGAUCAAUGGUUCUCAAGCGCCGUCAUCUCCGUUAUCUAGUUUGUUGUCCCCCACGAAAUCGCCUCGUCAGCUCUCGUCAACCUCCUCCGUAGCGACGCCGCCUUCGUCGCCGUUGAAAUCUCCCUUGUCGCUUUGCGUCUCGAAGAAACAGCUACCCUUCGGAACGGAUCCGGCGCCGUCUGUUGUGAAGAGGAAGAGGCCGGGGAAGAUAGAGAUACCGACGUUGAUGGCGGUUCAGCUGGGAUUCGCGGCGGAGACGCCUAGAGGUGAGGAGGAGGUUCAGGUGGAAGGGGAUGUAUAUUCUGUUUAUUGUAAGAGAGGGAGAAGAGAAAUGGAAGACCGUUACUCUGCUGCCGUUGAUCUUGACGGAGAUCCCAAACAGGUUUUCUUUGGUAUUUAUGAUGGGCAUGGAGGUUCAAAGGCAGCUGAAUUCGUGGCAAAUAAUUUAGAUAAGAAGGUAAUGGCGGAGGUGUCGAAAACUGGUGAAGAUGUUGCCAUUGAUGAUGCAAUUAGAGAGGCAUAUUUAGCCACCGAUAUAGAUUUGCUCAAGGACGAUGUGGGUGGUGGUACUUGCUGUGUCACGGGAUUGGUUCGUAAAGGUGAUCUUUUCGUAUCAAAUGCAGGCGAUUGUCGUGCUGUUUUGAGUCGAAACGGUGUAGCAGAGGCCUUGACGUCCGAUCAUCAACCUUCUAGGAAAGACGAGAGAGAUAGAAUCGAAGCUUUGGGUGGUUAUGUGGAUUGUCGCCAUGGUGUUUGGAGAAUUCAAGGUUCUUUAGCUGUUUCAAGAGCAAUUGGUGAUAAACAUCUUAAACAAUGGGUAAUCGCAGAACCAGAGACGACAAGGAUAAAAAUUAACCCGGAGUGCGAGUUUCUGAUCCUUGCUUCGGAUGGUCUUUGGAAUAAGGUUACUAAUCAAGAAGCGGUCGAUUUGGUCCGUCCAUUCUGCGUAGGCCUCGAUAUGCCUAAUCCAUUUUCUGCAUGCAAAAAGCUGGCUGAAUUAUCGUCAUGGAGAGGCUCAUUCGAUGACAUUAGUGUGAUGAUAAUCCAGCUACAACAUUUUGUUUCUUGACCCGUCAAGAGCAAAAUGAAUCAGUUCAAAUUCGAUCGACUGAGAUCGAAUCUCUCGCUGUUAUUAAAAGCUAGAAGAGACCUCUUAGACUAGUUAUACUUUAAAUUUUGCUUCAUCCGUUCAUCCGGUGGCUGCAGUGUUGGUGGGGUUAGUAGCUUGGACAUGGACAUGGACAUGGCAAUGUGUUCCUUGCAGAUUGCAUAUCAUAUUAGGGUCCAAUUGGUUCCCACCCAUAGAGUUUGUGGUUACCUUUUACCAUUGACUCAUAAGGAAUCAUCAAAUAAUUUUUAUGAAGUACAGGUAGUGGAGCACUUGUAGCAGCUGUUGAUGAUCAACCCCACGAGUUGACAUCUUGAUCAGGCACAAUGGGUCACAUUUGGCAGCUGGCUUUCUGCACUUCUCCAAAAGCAUGGAUGAAUUGUUUGCCAAUGCUUUUCUUUUAUGUUUUAGUAAAUUAUAAUUACGGGAUUAAUGUAAUUCAUGUUCCCUGUCUUUUAUGUAUUAAAAAAAUGCAAUUAA